AUGAUUCAAUUGAAUCAAGUUACUCUUUCUUUGCAAGAGUUGAACCUAGGAAGGAUCACAACGAACCAUAACAUUUGUUUGGAUGAACCAAAAAGACUUGGAUACUUCUCGUCAUAUUACGAUAAUGAAAAUAAAUGUGUUUACUGUCCAGAUAAAUCAGCUCUACGGUACUUGGACUUACCUGAUCCAGUUAAUAUCAACUGUCUACAAGGAUAUGAUUCGAACGUAAAGUAUGGUAAUAAAGGCUCUAAAGGUACAAACUUAUUGCGAUGGAUUCUUGAAAAUGAAACAAUUGUGCGCAACUUUACUUACGAUUUCAUCUGUAGCAAUGGUUUAUUAAAAGAUCUGAUGGUUUCUUCAUAUUAUGAUUUCGAUUGGAACCUUUGUGCUGCCAAAAUCAAAGGGAAAAUUAUAUUGAAUAGAGUCGAUUCGAUUGAGAAGAAAGAAAAUGUUGAAUUUCAAUCAGAAAAGAACAAAAAAUCGACUUAUGUAGCUUUGAAUUUACAAAGUUUGAUAACCAAGAACAACAAUCAUUCUCAUUGUACUUCUGCCAGAGAUGAGGAUGCAUUUUUCGGUGUUUCUCACACAAAGAUUGGGUUGCAUCAAAUUUUGCAUUCAGGUUAUUUGGACUGUGUUGAAAGUGAACAGGAAAUGAGUAAAUCUUUCGAUGAUAUGAAGUUUGUUUUGGUCAAAAAGUACAAUGCUCCGAGAGUAUCACAUACAUCUCUUCAUGCCAACACUUGGUGGUCAUUGGCUAAACUUGCUGGAGUUGAUACAAUUGUUCGUGCUAAAUGCGAACAAGAUUUUACGGUUGAAAAUAUCGAUAAGUUGCAAGUUGAAAGGCUAAUCAAUAAACACAGACAAAUGAUAUUUGUUACUUCAUUAGAUUUGAUUCUCAGUCAUUUGAAGUCUGUUGUUACAGAGGAAAACAAAUGUUAUAACUUUAAUUUCAACGGCAAGAAUAAAAGGUUGACUGGAUACAUGACGAUGGAUCUAGAUGAUAAUCUCAUUCCAUCUUGGUAUAUUAAUGAACAACUUCCUCUUGAAGCUUAA